UUUUUUUUUUUUUUUUUCUCUUUUGAAGAUGCCAAUUAACAAAUCAAUAACCAAACACACAAUUCCUUCCUUCAUGAUAUAAUAGAUCAACAAAAAAACAUGGUGCUUGAAAUUUGUUGGUUGGUUUUUCCAAAAACUUUUUUUUUGUUGAAGGUAAGUGGUAAGUAGUAUAGAGAGCAUGCCAUCAACAAAUUAACAUCUAGCUAGCUCUUCUUUUUUUCCAACCCUCAAAGCAACCCAAAAACCAAAGAUAAAAAAAAAAAAGAAACUAGAAAACAAAAACACAAAACACAAAAUAAUCCCUUCAAAAGUAAAUCGCCACCACUACAACCUAGAUCCUCCCCUAUCUCUCUUUAAUCUAUACCUCUUUCAAUUUUCAUAAAAGCUAGGGUUGUGACUUUUUGAGGAUAUUGAUCUUGAUCAUAUCAUCUAGAUAGAGAAGAAAUUUAUAAAAAAGGGAAAGAAAAUCAUGGAUCAAGUAGCACAAGGUCGUCCUCUUCCACCUCCUUUUCUUACUAGAGACCUUCAUCUUCACCAUCAAUUCCACACCAACCACCAAGCCAACGAAGACGAACAACAAAGUGGCAAUGGCAACCUUAGUCGUGGUCAGAAACGAGAUCGAAACAACAACAACGACGACAACAACACUCCGACCGGCGGAGAGGGAAAAGACGAAGGCGGGAGCGGAAGCGCCGGUGGAGGAAGUGGUGGUGAGAUGGGAAGAAGACCAAGAGGAAGACCAGCAGGUUCGAAAAACAAACCAAAACCACCUAUCAUCAUCACAAGGGACAGCGCGAACGCACUCCGAUCCCACGUGAUGGAAGUCGCAAACGGGUGCGACAUCAUGGAAAGUGUGACGGUCUUUGCACGGAGGAGGCAGCGUGGUGUCUGCAUCCUCAGUGGUAGUGGUACCGUCACAAAUGUGACUCUCCGUCAACCAGCAUCGCCUGGUGCGGUAGUCACACUUCACGGAAGAUUCGAGAUAUUAUCUUUAUCUGGUUCCUUCCUUCCGCCACCUGCUCCACCAGCAGCAUCAGGAUUAGCCAUAUAUCUUGCUGGUGGACAAGGACAGGUUGUCGGCGGAAGCGUGGUGGGACCCUUAUUGGCUUCCGGUCCGGUUGUUAUCAUGGCUGCUUCCUUUGGAAAUGCUGCAUAUGAAAGAUUGCCUUUAGAAGAUGAAGAAACACCAGUGAAUGUGCAAGGAAGUGGAGGAUUAGGUUCACCAGGAAUUGUAGGAACUCAACAACAACAACAGCAACAACAACAACUUGUGCAACAAGAUCCUAACACUUCAUCACUAUUCCAUGGAGUGCCACAAAAUCUACUCAAUUCAUGCCAAUUACCAGCUGAGGGUUAUUGGGGUGGAAGUGUUCGUCCUCCUUUUUAACCUAAAAUUAAUGUUCUUCAUCACUUCUCUUCAUGCUUUUCGUUUAUCUUUGUUUUUUUUUUUUUUUUAUCUUAUUUUGUUUUGUUUUUUGUUCACCCCUUUUACUUUCUCUUUAUCACUGUUCAUUCUCCUUCUUAUAACUUAGUUUAAAUUGAAGACUUUUUCUUUGAUCAUGUUAUUGACUAGCUACUUUGUGUUGAAUUCAAGAAGGAUGUAUAAAUUCAUGAAUUUUUUUUGUGGAGUUUAAAUUUUAUGA